AUGACCGAGAUCCUCAACAUCGGGGGCGAGCCGAUCUUCGACGAUCGCAUCGUCAAGAGCGAGACUCACACGUACAAUCCAUUCGCCAAUAUGACGUUCGGACACAGCGACGAGAUAAGAAUACUCAUACAGCAACAGGAUCUGUACACGCUACCACAUGAAAGUUUUCUGUACAUCGAGGGCAACUUCACGGUGCAGAACAGACCUGACGGCACGAUUCCAAGACUGGGAAAUAACUGCGUGGCGUUCAUGUUCGAUGAGAUUCGCUACGAACUUGACGGCGUGGAGAUUGAUCGCAACAGAAACGUUGGCAUAACCAGCACGCUCAAAAACUAUACGACGUUAUCACCCGCUAGAGCUCUAAUCCUGACCAAUGCCGGGUGGAACAUUGCGUAUCAACGUGUAGUGGAGGGAAAUUUCAACUUUUGCGUGCCUCUCAACAUGCUGCUAGGCUUUUGUGAAGAUUACAAACGCGUGGUGAUCAACGCUCGUCACGAGUUGAUUCUAAUACGAUCGCGCAACGACAACAAUUGUGUCCAGGUGGAUGGGACAGCGCAGCCACGGAUCGACAUAUUCAAGAUACAAUGGCGAAUGCCACACGUGCUGUUGGAUGAAGUCACUAAACUAUCGAUGCUGCGCACCUUGGAGAGUGGACGAUACCUCAGCAUGGGGUUCCGAUCGUGGGACCUGUACGAGUAUCCACUGCUUCAGAGCACGACCAAGCACUCGUGGGCCAUUAAGACCGCGCCGCAACUUGAGAAGCCGCGAUACGUGAUCUUCGCGUUGCAGACUGGGCGAAAAAAUGUAUCAAACGAAGACAUUACCGUAUUCAACGACUGCAAACUCGUCAACGUGAAACUGUAUCUGAACUCGGAAUGUUAUCCGUACGACGACAUGAAUUUGGAUUUCGACAAAGGCAGACACGCCAUCCUUUACGAGAUGUACUCGUGUUUCCGUAAGGCGUAUUAUGGAUGUGAUUGCGACGAGACGUUCCUGACCACUAUCAUUUUCCUUAUUCGCGGACGUUUGGUGGUUAUCGAUUGUUCGCGACAGAAAGAGUCGAUUAAGAGCGCCACCGUGGACGUGCGCUUGGAAUUUGAUUGCAAGGAGAACGUACCGGAUAAUACGACGGCCUACUGUCUCAUCAUACACGAUCGCGUAGUCGAAUACAGCCCGUUGACCAACGUUGUACGCAGAAUCACCUAA